UUUGCCUAAGAAAAUUAAUAAUUAAUAAUUAUAAUUUUUAUAAGCAAAGCUUGAUUUAAGAAAAAUUGAUCAUUGUACUUUUUUUAUUUUCAAAGAUGACAAUGGAUUUAAGUCAUUCGCAAUAGCCGGAAAAAGGUUAAAGAAUAACCUCAAAGUAUAAUAUAAUAUUAGAAAAUAUACGUAUUUUAUUUUUCAUUUUUUAACGUCUACUUUCUUGUCGUUCGCCAAAGCAUCUCAUCACAUUUUUUAUCAUUAUAUAACGCUCUGCUAAAUAUCACGGCUAUUAUUACCGCAAAUGCUGUGAUGUGCAGAGUGGUGCCGAGGGCACGUAGCACAUAUUAUAUGGUAUUAUAACUGUAUACAGGUUCCAAACAAUAUGAUCACGUUGCAUCGUUGCAUGUCAACAAAAUGUCAGUAUUAGUAGCUAUUGUCCACAUCGUCGAAGAGCGACCGGUUCAACUUGAUUGGUCUCUGCGAACUCGUGUCAUCUCCGGCGAAGAUAACAUAUCUUGAAGCGUUGAAACAUGAAUUUACGAACAAUCGUCGUUUUUAUCGUGACUUGUCACUUUGCGAGAGGGUGAGGUGUAAUUAUAUCAUCAUUAUUAUCACAAUGCGCUCGAAAAUUACACUUGCGGGAUUAUGCAUUCGGAAGAGCGAAAAGUUCCCAUGAUCGUUACUCUGAAGGAAAAUCACAAAUUACCGAGACUCUUUCAUGAAUUAACCUCCACGAGUUCCGACUGGAUAAAAUGAUGCUGUUCGAUUUCACGGAUGCGCAGAGUGUGAACGAUUGGCGGGAGAUGUCCGAUACUGUGAGAACAGUGGGAAAAUCCAAAGCCGUUCUGACGUUGCAGACGAGCCAGUUGUUCCAGAGAGCAGUCUUCUUUACUCUAUUGAAUCCGCAACCAAACGGUGCCGGUUUCGCCGGCGUCAGGAAGCUGACGAAUCUGGAUCUCUCAAGAUUCAGAAAUAUUGAGAUCAUUUGUCGAGGACAAGGGCAAAACAGCCACUACAAAGUAUCCCUAAGACAUCGAGGACAAAACUCUAAUAUGGAUCUCAGCUAUGAGCAAUUCUUCAUGGUAUCGACGUCAGAUGACGAAUUUUCCACAGUGACUUUACCCUUGCAUGAUUUCAAACCUUAUUAUCGUGGACGUGAGAUUCCAGAUGGUGAACCUCUAGACAUUGCAAAUAUUACUAUGUUCGAAUUUCAAAUUUACGGAGGUGUUUACCUGCCCAUUAAACAACGUGGUGUAUCGGCAUUAGAGAUAGAAACCGUAAAAGUGUCCUAAUAAUCAUUCUGGUCUUCUAGUCAUAAUAUAAAGAAGCAUCUUCCGAAGAACUUUUAUUUAUGUACACAUCAAAUAUUUACAUCAAUGAAUGACAAACAUGUAUAUCGGAUAUUUUAUAUUAAAAAUAAAUAAUUGCUUUUUACAUCUU